GUCAAUCAGCAUUCUUUUAAAUAAACAACAAAUAAACGACGUGAAAAUAAAGUGUUGAACGAGAGAAGAAAAAAAAAGUUGACGACGUCACAUAAAAAAGUUCUCACAUAUAUAGAGUAACUUCAUUGCCUUUGGCCAUAAAGUGAAUUGCAUUCAUAAUAUUGGGAGUAUACGUCCCAAGUCCAUUAACUAAUUUUGCGAAUUCUAGUUAGUUUUGAAUCAAUUCACCACGGCGUCGAUACAAGCUAAAAAAGCAAUGGAUCGUAAAGCAGAACUGGAGCGGAAAAAGGCCAAAUUGGCCGCUAUUCGUGAAGAAAAAGAGCGUCGACGACGUGAAAAAGAAGAUAAAGAUAGAGAAGAUGCAAAGAACACUUUAGUGUCUGGUCAAGAAAAGGACAAUCAUCGAACUUUGGAUGAGACGCUAUCGUCACUGGGCGUUGCACCAAUAUCAGAAGUGCUGUCAUCUCUGUCAUCUGUUAAUUCGAUGGCAUCGGAUACAUCGGUAAAUGCAACACCAGAUGGAAGUUUGCAACCAGCUAGUCUGAACGGAACGAGUGCACGGCCAAGCAAAAGAUCAACUACUAGUCUUAGUGUUGUGUCAGUUCAAGCAACUGAAAUUCCGCCAAAGGAAACAGUCACGUAUUCGAAACAAACACAAACAGCCAAUACGGGUGGCGUUGAGCGCGAUGUUCUUUCUUGCCAUUCCUCACCUUUGUCAGGAUAUAUGGAAGAUUGGUGGCGGCCACGUAAAGCUCAUGCCACAGACUAUUACGAUGAAUACAAUCUUAACCCAGGUUUAGAGUGGGAAGAUGAAUUUCAAGGAGACGAUGACGAAAAUUCACUACCCCACAUGGAUCAUGGUUUUCAUUCGAAGCUACCUCCUGGAAUUCUACCCCAUGGGCUUCCGACUGUACAAGAGGUUGCUCCAGCCAUAACACCUCAAGAGAAGAAAGUUAAAGAGGACGAAAAGAAGCAAAUUAUUGAACUAUCUGAAGAACAAAAGCAGAUGAUCAUUCUCUCGGAUGAUUUCCAGCGAUUUGUUAUGAAAACAGGCCGAAUUAUGGAACGCGCACUAUGGGAACAAGAGGAUAUUUAUACUGAUUAUAUUGGGGGUGGUGAUAUCGAUGAAACAUCUGAUGAGAAAUCACAUGCAAAACUGUCUCGAAAUCGUGUCUUCUAUUGUGAUCGUUGGUCGAAAAAUCGUUGUGUUACAUCGAUGGAUUGGUCAACACAUUUUCCGGAAUUGCUGUUGGCAUCAUAUCACAACAACGAAGAAUCACCAAACGAACCGGAUGGCGUUGUCAUGGUUUGGAAUACAAAAUUCAAGAAACAAACGGCUGAAGAUGUAUUCCAUUGUCAGAGCGCUGUUAUGUCAGCCUGUUUUGCAAAAUUUCAUCCGAAUCUAAUAUUGGGCGGAACAUAUUCUGGUCAAAUUGUAUUGUGGGAUAAUCGUGUACAAAAACGCACACCAAUUCAACGUAGCCCAUUGAAUGCAAGCGCACACACACAUCCGGUUUAUUGCUUAGGAAUGGUUGGAACACAAAAUGCUCAUAAUGUUAUCUCAAUUUCAUCGGAUGGAAAACUAUGCUCAUGGAGCUUAGACAUGUUGUCAACUCCACAAGAAAUCCUAGAAUUACAACAUAAACAAUCAAAAUCAAUUGCGAUAACAAGUAUGGCAUUCCCCAAGAAUGAAAUUAACAACUUUGUUCUAGGCAGCGAAGAUGGCAAUGUUUAUUCAGGUUGUCGUCACGGGACGAGACCUGGAAUCGUUGAUGCGUAUGAACGGCAUUUGGGUCCGGUGACUGGUAUAUCAACACACUACAAUCAAUCAUCGCCCGAUUUUGGCCAUUUGUUCUUAACAUCUUCAAUCGAUUGGACGAUCAAAUUAUGGAGUCUUAAAGAGAACAAACCACUUUAUUCAUUCGAAGAUAAUUCUGACUACGUCUGUGACGUGGCAUGGUCCCCCAUCCAUCCGGCAUUGUUUGCCAGUGUGGAUGGAAACGGUCGUUUGGAUUUGUGGAAUUUGAAUCAAGAUACGGAAGUGCCAACGGCGUCGGUUGUGAUUGAUGGUGCACCAGCACUGAAUCGUGUUUCAUGGACGCCAUCCGGAUUACAUGUUACGAUUGGUGAUGAUUCAGGCAAAAUCUAUGUGUACGAUGUGGCCGAGCACCUGGCAACACCACGCAUGGAUGAAUGGACUAAAUUUGCAGCCACAUUAAACGAACUGAAAUUGAAUCAAACCGAUGAUUUUGAUAGUAUUGAAAAGAAAACACCCAUUCCACAACCAAUUAGCAGCGUCAGCGGUCCUGAAUCACUCAUAUCGAACAAAAGUUUUGUCUAAGCGAACGGAGAUAAAAUUUUGAAUUCUAUUCCUCUUGAAACUCUUGUACAUUUUAACCGCGAUAGUUUAAGAAGUAAAAAAUUCUGAAUUGUGUAAUGUUUUGAAGAUAAAAAAAAAUGAAAAGCGUAGCUUAAUGCGUACUCAGAAGAGUUCUAGAGUAAGAUUCAUACCCAGUAAUAAUCACUAAUGUCUGCUCUAGUUAAAAUAAUGUUCAAUAAACUGAAUUUGCGUAAUUUAUAAUAAAAUAUUUAAAUCAAAAUGCA